GAAGAUAGCUUUUUGAUAAGAAGGGCGUCCAUUGCCAGACGGAAUAGAAAUUUCUCUAUAUGAAGAUUUAGUAUGGAUCCUCGUACGAGUGCACAAGAUGUCAUCCGUUGUGACCUUUGUCAGACAGCUGAAGUGCAGAAGUACUGUGAUUUCUGUCAUGUCAAUCUGUGUAUUCCUUGUAUAGGAAAACAUAUUUCUGAUGACUAUGACAAACAUAAAGUGGUCCCAUUCAAACAAAAGAAGUCAACUUUAAUCUAUCCUAAGUGCUCAUCACAUCAAAAAAGAGGCAGCAAGUUUCACUGUAAAACGUGCGGGACCUCUGUAUGUUCUCUGUGUGCUACAUCUGAUAAACACAGAGGGCAUACAGUUUUACCUCUUUCUGAUCUCUUUUAUUCAAAGAGGGAAGCUAUUGGAAAAGAUUCUGAAGAAUUAGAAAACUCAAUUUCUCCAACGUAUGCAGAAAUUGCAGAAGGAAUAGAAUCCCAGAUAGCUAACCUAGAUGGGAAAUAUGAAAAUCUUACAUCAACGUUGAUUGAAUUUGGUGAAGAAUGGCACAGAGAAGUUGACGUGAUUGUUGAAAAAUUAAGAAUGGAAAUAGAAAAGGAAAAAACGAAACAUAAGAGUAUUCUAAAGGAGCAUUUGAAUGAAAUCAAACAGAUACAGACUGUUAUUGAAGAAACACUUCGAAAUCUUGAACAAACUGAAGAUUCAAAUGAUGUAUCUUUGACCAUGGAGUACAUCUCACGCACCAAGGAAUUUAGCAAACUACCUCCAAAAAUUCAAAUAUCAAUACCAACUUUUAGUUCAAGGACAAUAGACACAGAGCAGUUUUACAAGCUAUUCGGAUAUUUAAUACCAUUAUCUGUCACAACAGAGGAAAAUGGUUACGAAGUGAAGAAACCAAAGUUAUCAUCAAAAGAAAUGCUAGAGGCAAAAGCUUGGGACACAGAGAACAUGCCCUCUAACAGAAAGGCGCUGGUGGCAGCCAUUGACUUUGGUACUACGUACAGCGGCAUUGCAUUUUCCUAUAGACAUGACUACGAGAACGACCCUUUGAAGGUCAGCUCCAACAAAUGGACAGCAGGCUAUAGCUACCGGGGUCUGGAGUCCCUUAAAACCCCCACCUGUAUUCUGUUCAAUAAAGACAAAGUGUUUGACUCGUUUGGUUAUGAAGCGGAGGAUAAAUAUUCCGAACUGGCAGAGGAAGAGGAACAUGAGGAGUGGUAUUACUUCAAGAGGUUCAAGAUGUCCCUCUUUAACACAGAGGAGUUAUCGUUCAUAAAACGCGCUCUUCAUUCAAGUAAGGUAAUAAUAGACAUCCAGAAACGUAGAGACAAGAACGGGCGAUUUAUUAGUGAAAAACAGGGAAAAGAUAUUUCUAUUGAUAUAAAUAACAACAACAGCAACGAUGUUUCUUCACAUAUGCCGUUUGAAGUGCAUGCACUACACGAUCAUGCAUAUUUCUCCAAAAAGAAAACACCUCUCCAAGUAGUGAGUUUAUCAUCAGCACCAGUGUUCGAAAUCCCGCCAAAUGACAAUUCCACAGUUUCAUUCGGAGAGAAGAAUCUCACUCAUCCCAAGAGCCAUGGGCGGAUUACAACACUGGAAGCAAAUGAUGGUGAUAUGGAUCUAGAAGAUGCACAAUAUUUUCAGGAAAAUCCCAGAAAGUUAAAUUGGAAGGAAGGCAGAAGAGUAAUUGAAAUACCAUUUCUGGCAGACAAACUUUAUCAGGGAUGCAUUACAUGCCAUCAACCAUUGCAUCUGAAAGACAUUAUUGAUGAAGAACAUUUUGGUUUGGGAAGCAUUUUUAGGAUUGUUUGCUCCUCGUGCAAAAAUGUGACCCAAAUUUCAUCUGGAAAAAGACAUAUAAGUACCUAUGGCAUAGGAGACAAAGUCAAAAGUAAAGCAUCAUACACAUGGGAUGUCAAUACAAAGCUUGCUUCAGGAAUGUUACAUACUGGCUUAGGUAUAUCUUCUGUGAAUGCAUUACUUGCAUGUUUGAAUAUUCCUGGUAUCUCCCAUAAGUCACUGAAGGCAAGAGAGAGAGAAGUUGGAAAAAAGGUUGAAGAUGUUGCUAUAAAGUCUUGUGAGGAGUUUGCUGCCCAAGAAAUGGAAAUUUGUAAAGAGUAUGUUUAUUGGAAUGCUUUUAUAAAAUGA